ACCCCAAAAUGAGGACCCCCAAAAUGAGGACCCCCAAAAUGGGACCUCAGUAUGGAGACCCCCAAAACGGAGACCCCUCCCCAAAUGAUGACCCUAAAAUGGAGCCCCCAAAUUGGGGCCCUCACAAUGGAGACCCCCAAAACGCAGACCCUCAAAUCGAACUCCCCCCCACCCCAAAUGGGCCCCCAGCCCCGGGAUGGCGGCACGGACCCCAAAUUGAGGAGGGGUCCCCAAUGUGCCCCCCUUCCCCCCCCCCCCAGGAUGCGGCAGAGGGACCCCGGCAGCGCCCCCACCCUGGGGGACCGCGUCCCCUACGUCAUCGUCAGCGGGGCCAAAGGGGUGGCGGCGUACCUCAAAUCUGAGGACCCCAUCUACGCCCUGGAGCACAACCUGCCCCUGGACACGCAGUACUACCUGGAGCAGCAGCUGGCGCGGCCGCUGCUGCGCAUCUUCGAGCCCAUCCUGGGGGAGGGCCGGGCUGAGAGCAUCCUGCUCAGUGAGUGGGGGGGUCACCGGGGGGCGCUUAGGGACCCCAAAAUGCACCCGGAAUGCACUGACUGUGCCCCACGAUCCCCCGUGGGGACCUCGAAGGGACAGCGGGGUGACACCAAAUGGCACCCAGGGCCCCACGGGGACCCCAGGAUGCACCCAAAGUGCUCCAGGUGUGCCCCAAAAUCCCCCGUGGGGACCCCAAAGUGUCACUGGGGGGCACAGAU